UGUUGGAGGGGUUAAAAAUUGGAGCCACCGAUGCAUUUAUAUUAGGGUGGAUUCAUAAAAACACGACAGUGGAGCCUGGGACAAUCCAUUACUGUGAUUGAGCAGUGACCAAUAGAAAGGGAGGAAGAAGAUCCAACAAGAUUGAGCAAACUUCAGACCCAGGCACAGGACUCAACGGUAUAUUCCUGGACAGCAAGGUACUAUAAUGGCAACCACAAUCUGUUUCAUCAUCUGGUUGUUAUUGAUAGCAGAUACUGCAUGGACUCGAAGUGUGAGGCAGGUCUAUGAGGUAAAUGAGCCAGACGAUUGGACUAUGCAUGACUUCGAUUGUCCCAGGGAAUGUUUCUGUCCCCCCAGUUUCCCUACUGCUUUAUACUGUGAAAAUCGAGGUCUCAAAGAAAUCCCUGCUAUUCCUUCAAGGAUCUGGUAUCUUUAUCUUGAAAACAACCUGAUAGAAACCAUUCCUGAGAAGCCAUUCGAGAAUGCCACCCAGCUGCGAUGGAUAAAUCUAAACAAGAACAAAAUCACCAACUAUGGAAUUGAAAAAGGAGCCCUGAGCCAACUAAAGAAGCUGCUUUUCUUAUUUCUGGAAGAUAAUGAGCUAGAGGAGGUACCUUCUCCAUUGCCAAGAAGUUUAGAACAAUUGCAAUUAGCUAGGAACAAGGUGUCCAGAAUUCCUCAAGGGACUUUCAGCAAUCUGGAGAAUUUGACCCUUCUUGACCUGCAGCACAAUAAACUAUUAGACAACGCCUUUCAAAGAGACACCUUUAAGGGACUCAAGAACCUCAUGCAGCUAAAUAUGGCCAAGAACGCCCUGAGGAGUAUGCCACCAAGAUUACCAGCCAAUACAAUGCAACUAUAUUUAGACAACAAUUCCAUUGAAGGAAUACCAGAAAAUUAUUUUAAUGUGAUUCCUAAAGUGGCCUUCCUGAGGCUCAACCACAACAAAUUAUCAGAUGCAGGUCUCCCUUCAAGUGGUUUUAAUGUAUCAUCAAUUAUAGAUCUUCAACUGUCUCACAAUCAACUCACAAAGGUUCCCCGAAUCAGUGCUCAUCUCCAGCAUCUUCACCUUGAUCAUAACAAAAUUAAAAAUGUGAACGUCUCUGUAAUAUGUCCUACCACUUCCACCCUGCCUGCAGAGCACGAUAUCUUCAGUUAUGGACCUCAUCUUCGCUACCUCCGUCUGGAUGGAAAUGAAAUCAAACCACCAAUCCCAAUGGAUUUAAUGACCUGCUUCAGGCUCCUGCAGGCUGUCGUUAUUUAAACACAUCUUCGACAAUCUAAAAUUGGUUUAAUGAGCUAAUACUUCUGAUAUGAAAUUUGGUUACCAUUCAUAGGUUUAAGACAAAAAUCUCGUUUCCCAUUCUCCUUGGCCACCAUUUUCGUUUGUGCAGCUUGUUUUUUCUAUUCAAACGCGCUUUUGCCAAUUCCAUGUAGCACAGCUUGCUUUUCUUUAAUUAAUAGAGUAGACACAGAGUUAAGAUAGUUUAUUAACUCAAAGAUAGCUUUUUUUUUUGGUCUCUUUCACAGCUUACUAAUACCAAAUAAUGCAAUUGUAUUGUUAGGCAAUAGAAAAGACAUAUUCGUUUGCAUAUGUUGAAAAUUAAUUAUGCAGAUACUGUAUUCAUAGUAUAAAUACAGUAAUCUAACAGGAGGAGGAAGAUCUGAAGAAAAUGAAAACAUAAGAUAUUUCUUCACCAUAAUUAUAAAGAAAUAAAUUCAGAUUGCUAAGUGGCUUUUGUAGCUAUAAGUCUCAUGUUUAGUUCAAGAAUGGGUAUGAAAUGCAUCAACUACUUUAUAGCAAUAGAGUUCUAGUCAUUUAAUGCCAAAUAACAGAGCAACAGUCAUUUUUAGUUCAUUACUAUUUCUUAUAGGUGCUUUUCUUAGAACUAAUACAGUAUACUCUAGCGAUUAAAUGUCUUAAGUUUCACAUUUACUAUAU